CAUUUGUGCGUGAUGACGUUGCACAAAGAACGUAAUACGUUGCUCCUGAAAUGCUAAUUGGAAGCUAAGUGGCUACUUUCUGCACCCCCCUUGUCUCCUGUUGUUACCUGCGGACAAGCUGGCCUGAAAUACCAUUAAACAUAUUUAGGAAACCGUUAACAUUCUUCAGAGCAUCUCGGUGUCCGGUGUCGGGCCGUAGCUAUGGCUCUGCAAGGCCCGGAGGAGCUGGGGGAGCCGGUCGAAGAGUCGGAGGAUCUGGACGACCAGGACGCUAGCAGCAUCUCCCCGGCGGAGGAGAUAACGCUACCCCCCGGGCCUGGAGGCGACGAGGAGACGGAGGAGGCUCUUCUGCUCCCCUGGGACCGUUUCUCCGCCUGGCUGCACUGCAUUUGUGUGGUCGGCUUCGACCUGGAGCUCGGACAGGCGGUGGAGGUCAUUUAUCCUCAUCAUUCCAAACUGUCGGAGAAAGAGAAAACAAGCAUCUGCUACCUUUCAUUCCCUGACUCCAACUCAGGUUGCCUUGGUGACACACAGUUCUGCUUCCGGUUCCGGCAAGGUUCCAACAGGAAGACAUCACUUGGCUGCUUCUUGGAAACCACUGACAGAGACGCGCCACCUUGUCUGAAGAGGGAGCAGGGCCAUUACUACGGUUAUGUGUACUUCCGUCAGGUGCGAGACAAAUCUUUGAAGAGAGGAUACUUCCAGAAGUCUCUUGUCUUGAUCAGUCAGCUGCCCUAUGUGACCUUCUUCCACUCGCUGCUGAAGAUUAUGGCUCCUGAAUACUUUGAGAAACAGGAGCCCUGCCUGGAGGCUGCUUGUAAUGACAUCGAUCGCUGGCCAACGCCUCAUCCUGGACGAAUCCUGACGCUGCCUAUCAUGGGUGUAGUCCUCAAGGUUCGCAUCCCAACCUCUUAUGAUAAACCAGGAACGUCACAACUGGUCCAAUCCGCCCAGAGUGAUAGCAUGGUGUCCAUUGUGCUCCCAACAAUUCAUGAAGUGGACCUCUUCAGGUGUUUCUAUCCAGUCUUCUUCCAUCUCCAGAUGCUUUGGGAGUUGGUGUUGCUGGGGGAGGCACUUGUUGUCAUGGCGCCAUCACCAGCCGAGUCAUCUGAUACUGUGCUAGCUUUGGUCAGCUGCAUUGCUCCUCUGCGUUACUGCAGUGAUUUCCGGCCGUACUUCACCAUUCAUGACAGUGAGUUUAAGGAGUACACCACCAGGACGCAGGCUCCGCCGUCAGUCAUUCUAGGAGUGACCAAUCCUUUUUUUGCAAAAACUCUGCAGCACUGGCCGCACAUCAUCCGCAUCGGAGACAUGAAACAAGCAGGAGAGAUGGCCAAGCAGAUGAAAGUCAAGAAACUGAAAAACCUCAAAACUCUGGACUCUAAACCCGGUGUGUACACUGCAUAUAAACCAUAUCUCAACAAAGAUGAAGAAAUCAUCAAACAGCUUCAGAAGGGUGUUCAACAGAAGAGACCCUCUGCAGCCCAGAAUGCAAUUCUUCGGCGCUACUUCUUAGAACUGACACAAAGCUUCAUCAUUCCACUGGAGCGGUACGUGGCCAGUCUGAUGCCUCUCCAAAAGUCCAUCAGUCCCUGGAAGAGUCCUCCUCAGCUACGACCGUUCAUACAGCAGGACUUCAUGAAGACACUGGAGAAAGCUGGACCUCAGCUUACGUCCAGACUGAAAGGAGACUGGAUAGGACUCUACAGGCAUUUCCUCAAGUCUCCCAACUUUGACGGCUGGUUCCGCAACAGGAGGAAAGAGAUGACACAGAAACUGGAAGCCCUGCACCUCGAAGCGCUGUGUGAGGAGGAUCUCCAGAAGAGAAUCCAGAAGCACACAGAGGUGGAGACAGUCGAUCUGGUCCUGAAGCUGAAAGACAAACUGACUCAGGCGGAGAGGGAGAAGUUACCAGUGCGUCCCGGGACCUUGGAGAAGCUGAGAGCCCAUAUCGAGGGUGUCAUCCUGACCUUACCAGAGGACCUGCAGGGCAUCCUUCACAAGCCCACCACGCUCUGACCUCUAACCCUGCAGGCUGCAACACUAACCCCCAGUUAAAGCUUGUUUUAAAGUUUUGGGUGGGGGGGGGCUUGGUGGCUCUCCUCCCAGUCGGUUUCCAAGGUGAGGGUGAUGUGGACCCUUUCACUCAGACUGGGUGCCAGUUUAAAUCUGCUCGGGUCUAAGUUGGAAAGCACAUACUUGGGUGCCAGCCCUCAAUGAGUCAGACUAAACAGCAUGUCAGUGAUCAUGUGGGUUUUUUUUUUUUUUUUUUUAAGAUGACCAGACAAACCAGGAUCGACCAGGAAGUGUUUAGAAAGUGCUACUUUUUUUUUUUUUAUAUCACUGCUACAUUACUACAUGAAGAAAGCCUGGAGGGCUCGAUCCUAAUAGCAUUUUCUGAAAAGUCUGAGGCUGCGUGCGCAAGCAACAAGAAGAUGACUUUUACUGACCUUUGACCCUGGACGUUUUUACCUCCUUAACAUUUUUUUGUUUGUUUUUUUUAAAACUUUGAUGGUGGGUCGCUGCAGUCUAACUGAACAAAAUCUGGAAAUGUAAAAAGUUUCCCAAAGAAGUGCACUUCAUCCAUAACAGGACCAGUGUGCCCUUCUCACACCUUUAUGCAAACAAGCUGAGCCAAGCAGUGCUUUAUAAUGUGAUGUUACUAAAACACACACACACAGCACUAACCACCAGCGACCCCUGCAAUAACUCUCUGCAGGAGCCAGUCAUCUUUUUUAUCCAUGUCACAUGAUCGUUACAUGACCUAUCAAAAUGAAAUUCAGAAUGGUCUUUAUAUUUGUUUGUUUUGUUGUUGUUUGCUUUGUUUUGUUUUUUUAACAUCUGAAGUUUUGUGUCACUCUUGUGUAAAAUCAUGUAGAAUCUCCUCCGACAGGGGAGGAAAAGCCCGUAUCCACCAAGAAAGAAAAAUAGAUCAUUUGAAAAAUACUUGCAGAAAUGCAAAUUUAUAAGAUAUCUGUUUGGUUUUUUGUUUUGUUUUUUUAAUUGAAAAGGAAAAAAAUAAGUUUUUCAUUUGAAUGAAUGAGAGGACACCAAAGCAUAGCUAGGCCCCAAAGUUUGAUUUCUAGAGAUAAUUAUUGUUUUAUGAUAAUCGGUAAUAAUGAGAGAUUAACUUUGUUUGUGAACUUUCUUCUUUUCUCCUGAUUAGUUUCUGUGUCACUAUCACAAUCAGGUAAUUCCUGUAUCUUAUUGACUUCAAUUUUAAAGGGUUCACAAAAUUGUUCUUAGAAGUUAUUUGGCCAUUUUAACACUUUUACUUGAAGUAUAUUCUAAUUUCUUAUAUUUAACUCUUUAAAAAAAUUUAAAUGGUAGAAUGGACUUUUAUUGUGAAAAACUUUCUUUCUUUCUGGAAAGAAAGGAAGGCUCUGGGUCAUAAAAGUGGGGGAUCACCACAGCAGUUGGCGCCACAUGUUUGAUUUGGCAUUUUUAAAGCUGUUUCAAUUCAGCACAAUUCUUAAACGUUUGUUUCUCAUCGCAGGAUCAAACUGCGUAUCCAUUUCCGCUCGAGAUCGUUCAUAGAAAAAUUAACUUUUUAAAAGCCAAAACAACUCUUUUAGGCAAUUAUUUUAAUGCACUUUCAAGUCCUUGCUAUGAACUGAAAUAAACUGUCAGUUGUUUUGAUUUUAAAAAGGUUUAUUUUCUAUAUUUAGUUUUUUCCUGAAAAUGAUCAUCAACUUGUAUAAAGAUAAAUAGAAGCUGUUCUGUCUUAUUCACCUGACAAAAACAUUUUUGAUUGUAGAGCAGUUUGAAUGACACAAAGUCUGAGACUCAGUAGGAGUGGAGUGCCCCAUGUGGGUUGGGAAUAAGUUGCUACCUGAAUUGGAGGGUUUUUGUGUGUUCUUGUUCAGGAGUGAGGGUGGAGUGGAAGCAGAGCUGGGCAAACAGAUUUGUGUGGAGUCAGCUGUGGUACUGGGUGUUAAACUGAAGCUCCUUAUCUACAUUUCUACCCUCACUGUUGUGAGUACUGAGUGAUGGCUGCAGAUACAAGCUGUGAGCUUCCUCUGA